GCCUACUCUAUCACACCUCUAGACAAACCCUUCAUUCAAAGUAUCUUGACGCCAUAAACACAAGCCUGAGGCCCUUCACUGUCGUCAAUAAUGGAAACCCUUCUCUCCCACUCGUUCGACUACCUCUCCUCGCCGUCCCCGCAGAAGAUUAGGAAAGGACUGCGUCAGGUCGAAGGCCUCCUCGCCCAACUAUGCCUCUCCAAAACCUCGAUAACCAACAAACGACAAUCGAUGCUCUUACUCGGCUCGAAUCCUCCAACGGGAAAGAAACUCACAGAAUUGCCUGAAGACCCGGCCUUUCGAGAAUUCUUCAAACUCCAACAAUCAUUCCAAUGGAACAUAGCAAUGCGGCUGGUAUCUUGUCUCGAGCGACUCCUCGGCAAGGAAAGCAACGGCACCAACGAUAUCCUCAUCAUACAAACACUCGAUCUGAUCCAGGGAAUUUUACUUUUACAUCCUCCUUCACGAGCUCUAUUCUCACAAGAGAUAUACAUGAAUCUCUUCCUCGACCUUCUCGACCCGUCCAACUGUCCCGCAAUCCAAUCAUCCACCAUCAUGGCUCUAGUCACAUCAUUACUCGACCAACCCCAGAACGCACGAACGUUUGAAACAAUCGACGGCUUGCUCGUGGUGACGUCCCUGUUCAAAUCCCGGAGCACGUCGCGCGAAGUCAAGCUGAAACUCGUCGAGUUUUUGUAUUUCUACCUGAUGCCCGAAACGCCAGCCACGAAGUUAUGCACAUCCACAUCCGCCACCAACACCGCGAUCUUAGGAGGUCGAGGGAAAGAACUCAUGGCGGCAUUCGAUCGACGAAGAGAGACGGUCAACGGUCCCGAGACGGCAAAGAGUUCGACUGCUAAUAUCAGGACGACAGAAGAGAAACAAAACUUGCUAGGCAAGCAUUUGAGUAAUGUACAAGAUCUCGUUGAGGAUUUGAGGGAGGGUGGAGGAGUGUUUGGCGUCGGUGCCAUAUAGGAGGAAAGAGGGGGGAGAGAGAGUCUAGAGUGUAACAACAACAACAUCAUCAUCAUCAUCAUCAGCAUCAUGGUCACCACUUUUUUAUGGCGGAUGACAAAGCAACGUGUGCACAAUGCAUCGAAGCGCGGCGUAAGGGGGAAUGAACACUCCAAG